AAAUAAACCAAUGAAAUGAUGCGACAUUAUACUACUAAGUUUUGAAUAUGAUUUUACCAUAUAUAUAUAAUAUACAUUGGAUGAUUCUUUUCACCUGAUACUAUAUGCCUACUGCAAUAAUUAACUUUACUUCACCAAUAUACAUUAUAUAACUAAUCUGUUUUUUUCAUUAUCAAAGGCAAAACUUAACGUUAGAACAAGAAAUAAGUCUUAUGUUAACACCUACAUUAUACAAGUUAACAGUGUUAACAAUGGUUAAUACCCACAUAUAUGUAUAUAUACAUUCUGUUUUGAGUAAAUCUUAAUCUCCUGACCUAUGUGCUACUACAUGAUUACAUUGAUUGCAUACAAUGACUAAGCAUCAUUUCUAAAUUAUUACAUUAUCAUUUCUAUCAAGUGCAUAAUGAAUCAGUAUCAAUUUGAGAAAUCGAUGAAUAGAAUAUCCCCGAGAGGAAUACGACAAAAUACUCAGGAACAAAAUAUUACUAAUUGGCCAUUAUAUACAACUAACUCUCCACUGACGACGACGACAACAUCAACAACAACAAGUCCAUUAUUGUACAAGAGACAAGUGAUAAGUAAAUCAUCAGAUCCUACAGAGUGUUUUUACUCACAAUAUCACGAAAAAACUAUCAAUUCUAAUCUUACUAAUCAUCAUACCAUUGAAUAUCGUAGGAAAGAGUAUAGAUUACCAAGAAAUUAUCAGGAAAACCGACAAUAUAAACGAAGGCAACAUAAUUUUAUUCAUUUGAGUUUACCUUCAUGUGAAGAGCAUUAUCCGACGUUGAAUGAUUUCAAUCCUUUAUUUUCAUCAAGUGUUUCCUCUUCUACUUGUGCUAUAACAAAAUCAGUGGGAGAGAAAGACAUAGAAACAUUGACGUAUCGAUCAAAUUUGAAUAGUAUUGGUAAAACUUUAAGUUUUUCUGGUCGACCAUCAGAUGAUGAACUGAAUGACAAGAAGAAGUAUAGUGAUCAGAAUUGUGAUCAAAGACUACAGCCUAAUAGUGAAGUUUGUGUAAAACGGAAAAUUAACAGACCUAUGUCCAUUAGUAGUAGUAGUUGUAGUAGUAUUACUACUAAUAUGCCUGUUACUACUACUACUAAUAAUAAUCCUACUACUAAUACUAGUCAGCAACCAACAAUUCUAACCACAAAACGGGGUCAUCUAGCUGUGACACCCUCUAUAGAAAUCAGUCUAGUCAGUGAUGAAACAUUCGAUGCUAAUAAUAAUAAUAAUAAUAAUGACGAUGAACAGAAUGAUGAAACAUUUACUCCAAAUCUAUCUACAUAUUCUGUUGAAAAUCGAAAUCGUCGUAAUUCAAGUCGUCAAAGAAUACCAAAUAUACGUUCAUCUUCUUUACGCAUUGACACUGAUACAAAUGAUAAUGUUAUGCUUGGUGAAAUGUAUGAUCGUCCUGUUGUCUCUAGCCAGUAUUUAUCCAGUCAAAAUGAGCUCAAAGUGAAAGGUGAUUAUGAAGAGGCAGUAAAAACAACAAGUCAUGGAAGGAGAGGAAAGCUAAUCAGACAGUCAAGAUCAUUUCAAAAUCCUUUGGAAACAAACAAUACUAAUCUAUCCACUGAAGGAGAAGAAGUUAAUUCGGAUAGUAGUCGGUUGACUACACUGAAUACAAAUCGAGUUAUAGAUGAUUUUGAUUAUUUUUGUCGUAUUGCAAAUGUACAACCAAAUGAUAAUAGUACAUCCAAAAAAAGAGGCUUACAUCCUCCUCUGUCUGCAUCAUAUGUACGGAGUAAUUCAAUGCGGGAAUAUGGUGUAGAAAGACAGAAAAGUAUGAAUGAAAUGAGUGGUCAUAGUAGUCCUGGUGGUGUUGUCCCUAGUCAACUGGAUUCAUCAUUCAAUAGUGAUUUAAAAUUUUCUAAAAGCUCAAAAUCUGCUAAAUCUAGUUUCUUAAAACCUCCAUCAAACAGACAAUUAAGAAGAGCUAAUACUGAAGAAGAUCCAUUGAAUAAAUCUCCAUUGAUGAAUAAACGUCCACUGGCUGCAACAUUAAGUUAUACUUCAAUGACAAGUAGCUAUUCUAAUCUCUGUAUAACACCGUUACCACCACCUCCGAAAUCUAUACCUUGUGUUCCCUUGGUAUUGGAUGAUCUUAUUAAUACCGAUACACCAUUAGGUGUACCAUUAUCCAUAGAUUCAAUGUUUGCUGAUGAACCUGGAUUGACAUUUUAUCAAGUACAAGUUUUAGGGUCAUCAGGUGUUGGGAAAACAUCUUUAUGUCAACAGUUGGCAUCACUUGUUAGUGAAAAUCCAUCAAACUGUGAUCCUGAUGAAACAGACAAUCCAUCUGAGGUUUAUUCGAUAACUACUGCUCUGUGUGGUUCUGUGUAUACAGUGAAUUUUGUGGACUCUUCAGCAGAUAACUUUGAGAAAAAUUUGGAGGUACAAAUCCGUGACUGUAUUGACGCCUUCCUCGUUGUCUAUGCUAUUGAUGAUGAGAACAGUUUCGAGGCGGCUAGACUAAUCAUCAAUGCACUGACACCACUAAAUGAUACGCGACAAUUUUCAAUGUUAUCCCCGAAGAAAAUGACGACGAUGACGACGACUAAUUCAGUGACAAGCCUGCCUGGAUUGAUCUAUCUUGUCGGUAAUAAAUCUGAUCUGGUCAGGGGGAGACAAGUUUCUACUGAAGGUGAGUUGUAUUCGACCACCUGGUUUUCGGUUUCAAUGUUUUGUUCUACUACUACUACUACUACUACUACUACUACUACUACUACUACUACUACUACUACUACUACUACUACUACUACUACUACUACUACUACUACUACUACUACUACUACUACUACUACUACUACUACUACUACCACUACUACUACUACUACUACUACUACUACUACUACUACUACUACUACUACUACUACUACUACUACUACUACUACUACUACUACUACUACUACUACCACUACUACUACUACUACUACUACUACUACUACUACUACUACUACCACUACUACUACUACUACUACUACUACUACUACUACUACUACUACUACUACUACUACUACUACUACUACUACUACUACUACUACUACUACUACUACCACUACUACUACUACUACUACUACCACUACUACUACUACUACUACUACCACUACUACUACUACUACUACUACCACUACUACUACUACUACUACUACUACUACUACUACUACUACUACUACUACUACCACUACUACUACUACUACUACUACUACUACCACUACUACUACUACUACUACUACCACUACUACUACUACUACUACUACUACUACUACUACUACUACCACUACUACUACUACUACUACUACCACUACUACUACUACUACUACUACUACUACUACUACUACUACUACUACUACUACUACUACUACUACUACUACUACUACUACUACUACUACUACUACCACUACUACUACUACUACUACUACCACUACUGCUACUACUACUACUACCACUACUACUACUACUACUACUACUACUACUACUACUACUACUACUACUACUACUACCACUACUACUACUACUACUACUACUACUACUACUACUACUACUACUACUACUACUACUACUACUACUACCACUACUACUACUACUACUACUACCACUACUACUACUACUACUACUACCACUACUACUACUACUACUACUACUACUACUACCACUACUACUACUACUACUACUACUACUACUACUACCACUACUACUACUACUACUACUACUACUACUACCACUACUACUACUACUACUACUACUACCACUACUACUACUACUACUACUACCACUACUACUACUACUACUACUACUACUACUACUACUACUACUACUACUACUACUACCACUACUACUACUACUACUACUACUACUACUACUACUACUACUACUACCACUACUACUACUACUACUACUACUACUACUACUACUACUACUACUACUACCACUACUACUACUACUACUACUACCACUACUACUACUACUACUACUACUACUACUACCACUACUACUACUACUACUACUACUACUACUACUACUACUACUACUACUACUACUACCACUACUACUACUACUACUACUACUACCACUACUACUACUACUACUACUACCACUACUACUACUACUACUACUACUACUACUACCACUACUACUACUACUACUACUACUACUACUACUACCACUACUACUACUACUACUACUAACUACUGCUACUACUACUACUACUACUACUACUACUACUACUACCACUACUACUACUACUACUACUACCACUACUACUACUACUACCACUACUACUACUCUGAUCUCUUCGUCCUGUUGAUUGGCCACUUACAUGAGAGUGAACAACGUGGUCGAAGUCCUCGAUUACCUACAGAUCGAAGAGUGAACCCAUUACAAUCCAGCCUACUGAUGGCUACUAGUUCAUCCAAGUCACCUACAAAUACAAAUAGCAUAGUGAACACACUGAAAAUACCAACGGUGACCAAGGCGAGUUUCAGUAAAUUUCUAAAAAAGCAUUUUACACGUUCAAGUCAAGAGUCAAGCGAGUAA